AUGCCACGUAAAAGGACUCGUACAACCACAAAAGCUUCUUGGACAGUGGAUUCAUUAGAAAAUGCAGUAUCUGUCCUCAAAAGAGGAGGCAUUUCGGUGUACAAAGUAUCUCAACAAACAGGUAUUCCUUACAGCACUCUAAAGAAGAGGUACAAUUUAGCGAAAGCUGGCGGUAGUAGCUACAAACACUCUCCUAAGCUGGGAAGAUCCACUGUAUUUAACGUUGCCCAAGAAGAAAUACUGGCUAACCAUCUUCGGACUAUGUCUAAUAAAUUUUAUGGUUUAACAAGAGAACAGUUUCGCAAAGUAUGUUACAGUGUAGCUAAACAACUAGGUAUUGAGAAACGAUUUAACCAAGACAAUCAAACUGCAGGAAAAGAUUGGCUGGCUGGAUUUUUGCAGCGUCAUCCAGACUUAAGUAUAUUCCCUAUGAAUCCUGGAGUUUUUUGUGAUGAUGACUUCAUUAAUGAGGAAUCCAGAUCAGCUGUGCCUGAGGCUGACGCUCAACAGCAGCCAACUAGUGUCACUCCUAUUCCAUCAACAUCAAAUCAGGCUGAGCAACCACAUGCUAGCCCUGCAACAAGUCCAUCUAUUUUUUGUGAUCUGCAAAUUGAAACGGAAAUUAUUCAAAGGGAAGCUGCUGUAACUCCAGUUUCUAUUCCAUCGACAUCAUCACACACUAUCAGACCUAUCGCAACUCCGCCCAAUAUUGACUUUGCUAAUGUUGUCUCCAUUGUCAGCCCACUGCCCCAACAACUCAUCUCUCAAAAACAAAAACCGUUGAAGAACAAACAGCAUUCUGAAAUAAUAACAAGCACUCCAAUGAAAGCAGUAUUUGAAGAAAAGAAGAGAAAAAGAACUGAAAAGGAGAAUAAGAUAAAGACAAUUAAGAAAAAUAAAGGAAACUGUGAUAAAGAAAAUUGUGUCAAGGGAAAAUGUGCCAAAGGAAAAUGUAUUAAGAAGAAACAUACCAAAGAUAAAGAGAUUAAAAGCAAGAAGACUACAACCAGAAACACAAGGAUCAGAAAGGCAACAAAAUAUUUGUUUAAAAGUGAUGAUGAAAACUCAUCUCUUGACCAAAUCGACGAAAAUGCUAUCUGCGAUGAUGAGUCAGAAUAUUCUGAAGAGGAGAAUUUAUGUGCAAUUUGUUUAGAUCUUGGAAAAAAUGGAGAGAUGUGGUACCGAUGCAGAAGUUGCGGAAACUGGGCCCACAAAGAGUGUACUGGUAGUGAUAGUCCAGAUACUUAUAUUUGUGCAUUUUGUUUGGAUCCGUAA